AUAUGGGCAUUUCGAAUGGCUGGUUAUGCUUUUUGGCCUUACGAAUGCCCCGACCACUUUCCAAGCGGCUAUGACAACGGAGUUCUAACACAUGCUGGAUCGAUACGUACUUAUCUACCUCGGCGACAUCCUGGUGUACAGUCGGAGUUUGGAGGAGCAUGUGGAACACUUGCGCACCGUUUUGGAGCGGCUACGACAGACCAAGUACAAAGCCAACCGCGACAAGYGUGAAUUCGCGCGGCAGGAGCUGGAGUACUUGGGCCAUUAUGUAACGCCACAAGGCAUCCGUCCGCUCGCGGACAAGAUCGAGGCCCUACGAGUAUGGCCCGAGCCCACCAACACCACGGACAUUCGUUCAUUCAUGGGAUUGGCGGGCUACUGUCAGCGAUUCAUCACCGGAUACUCCAGGAUUGCUGCACCUAUGACGAGGUUACAGUCGCCAAAGGUGCCAUUCGUAUUCGAUGACGACGCACGCCGGUCAUUCCAAGCACGUAAUACGGCCAUGCUCAUGGCACCCGUCCUCAGCAUCUAUGACCCCACCUUGCCGACGAGAUUCAGCUCGCCGCCUCCACGCACUCGGGAGCAGAUGGAGCUCCAACAAGUAGAGAGGAUCCGCUUGAGGUUAGAGGAGGAACUUAGGCAAGCUACUGAGAGAGAGAAAGAGAUCAAAGAGAGAAGCGUCAGAUUAGAGGGCAGGGAGGCAGACAAUGGCUGCGCUAGAGGCAUUAGAGGACUCUGCACUAAACACUACAGGAAAGAUCCUGAAGGCUCCAUGCAUGCGUACAUAGACAGCAAGAUGGACGCAAUGCAGGAUACUCUAGAGCAGAUUCUACAAGCGCUUCAUAAGCUAGGGAUCCGGCCAGCAGCUUUACCAUCGCUGCCACUCUCAGUGAUGACAGGCCUUUAUGCCGCUCAGUCAGGACCACCACCAAGUGUGUCAUCAACAGUAGCUCUAUCUCAGACUGUUGCUUCUUCAUCUUCUGGUCCAGCGACUGUUGCUACACCACAGUUGCCACCUGUCUCACAACAGGGACAACAAUAUCCUUGGUACCCCAAGACGCCACUGAACCCACCUGCAACCUUCUCAGGAGACAAGAAGGAUGAGGCUCUCGACACAUGGUUGAGAACGGUGCCAGUGUGGGUGAGGGCAAAAAGGACAUUGGUAGAAGAGGCGGUGAUUACUGUUGCAUUCUACUUCGAGGGUUCAACAGCUCGUUGGCUAAACGGAUUGGUAGCUUCAAAGGGUUUCGGUAGGAACAUGCAUGAUUGGGUGCAGACCCACACAUUAGAAAGCUUUAUGGACUUAGUGGAGGCUCGUUGGCAAAACCCUCAGCAGGCACAAAUUGCCACAGAUGGGCUCUUGAAACUUGAUACUAGAAAGUACAAGUCUGUGCGGGAACUUACCACAGCCGUAGAGCGCCUGAUCGUCGUCCCGGGAGUGGAGUACAAUCCACAGGUCUUGCUGACCAUGUUCCUGAGAUGUCUUCCCACAGACAUUAGGAAUCUAUUAGCCAGCGAGGCUCGCAGAGAGUAUCACACAUUUGAGUCGUUCAGCAAGAAGGCCCAAGACUUAGAGGCUACGCUGGAGAUCGAUGAUGUUUUCGAUCUUGUGGAGGGUUCAAAGUUUGAUGGCGAGGAGAGUGUUGAGGGUAGCAACCUCGCCGCCGUAGUCAAGACUAAGGCAGCUGGUCGCGGCAAGGGCGGUCAACAAAGGAGUCAGGGGCAGGCCGCUAACCCAAACAAAAUAGUUGCUUGGGUUAGAGUAGGUCUGGAUCAAGAAGUGUGGCGGGACCGUUGGUCUCGUGGUGCUUGGAUUAACUGCGUCAUAGAUCAGUAUGACUUCAAACUAGACUAUGUGAAGGGAGAGUACGACAAAGUCGCAGAUGCGUUGUCUAGAAGGGCAGAUUACCUGGGUGCGCUGAUUUAUGAGUUUGGCUUAUCUGAGGGUGUAACUCGAUCGUUGGAUGAAGCCUACAAGGAAGAUCCCAUCAUGAUGGACAUCAUCAACAAACUAAAGGCUAAAGACAAGGCCACCUCUGAUAAGUCUGUGAUGGUGGAUGGGUUGCUCUUUCUUGAGAAGGCAGGGUUUAAGCGGUUAGUUGUUCCAGCUAGGGAAACUUUGCGUAGUUUGUUUUUAGGAGAGUGCCACGACGCAACAGGACAUUUCGGUUAUAAGAAGACUAGUGCUAAUCUAGUACAACGAUUCUGGUGGCCUAACAUGCUUGACGUUGUGAAGAAGUAUGUGGAGACCUGUCACGUCUGUCAGCGGGACAAGCCGCGAACUCAAGCUCCACUUGGGUUACUCGAGCCUUUACCCAUUCCUGCUGGCCCAGGCCAGAGUAUCUCCAUGGAUUUCAUGGAUACUCUUAUGACCAGCAAGAAUGGCAAGAGGCACAUUUUCGUCAUAGUGGACAGGUUCACUAAGUACGCUAGACUAAUCGCCAUGCCAGAGGCUGCCAGGACUAAGUACGUUUUUUAUCAGUGGGUUCAGGAGAUGCAAGCAUUGAAUUUGAAGGUUGAAGGACCAAUCUACGAGAUUGUUGCAGUUGAUGAUCAUGAGCAGCAGCUUAAGUUGCAGGUGAGGUUUGAUGCUCAUCUGGUGGCUCUCUUCAAGGAGGUGAGAAACAUGGAAUGGCUGGGAAUGGCAGUCCCGAGUGAGCUCGUGACAACUGCUCUUGAUGCACAUCGGGCUUAUCCUGCCGCCAUGGCGCUUUUCCGGCUACUUGAAGCGCAUGAGAAUGCAACUGCUGCAUUGCCAGCCUCUAUGGCACCUCUUGCAAUGGCAUCUCAGAAUGAUAAGGCUUGGGCGUUGAACGAUUGGCAGCUCGACCUCCCGGGAAGGCUAUGCGGUGACAUUGGGAUGUACGCUGGAGAUGUGGCAUUUAAGCCGGGGUGGAACUGCAUUUCACUGUUUGUUGUGCCGAGGCAAGGACCGGUCAUCACAAAUGCACGUCAGGUUGCCGGUGAAAAAUCUGUGGUUGGGGGCGGCAUUAUGAGGAGGGGAACUACGGAUGCUAGCCAAUAUGGCAUAGGUGUCGUACUUGCGCAUCAGGAGGGGAAGAAGUUGAGGCCGGUUGAGUACAUGUCCAAGAAGAUGCCCUCUAAGAAGUUGGCUAAGUCCACCUAUGAGAAGGAACUCUAUGCGAUCUACAAGGCGCUCACCCAUUGGAGACACUAUCUCCUUGGAAGGUUCUUUUACGUCAGGACUGAUCACGAGACCCCGAAGUGGAUGAGAACCCAGCCUGUGCUCUCCAACGCUCUGAAGCGUUGGAUUGAAGUCAUAGAGCAGUAUGACUUCGAGCCCCAGUACAUCAAGGGCGAGUAUAACAAGGUUGCUGAUGCACUGUCGCGUAGACCAGAUUUCUCUGGUGCGCUGAUCACUGAGUUUGGGCUUGCGGACGAUGUUACUCACUCAAUGGUGGAAGCCUAUCACGAGGACCGGCUUAUGUCUGAGAUCAUACGUAGACUCGAGGCGAAGGACAAAGCGACUUCCGCGGAGUUUGAGUUGGUCAACGGACUGUUGUUCCUUGAGAAGGCAAGGAAUAAACGUCUGUGUGUGCCAGAUAGGGAGUCUUUGCGGAGUUUAUUUUUAGGCGAGUGUCAUGAUGCCACGGGACAUUCUGGUUUCAAGAAGACUGCAGCCAAUCUGCUGCAGCGCUCCUGGUGGCCCGCAGUGAUGAGAGAUGCCAAGCUGUACGUGGAGACUUGUCAGGUCCGUCAGAGAGACAAGCCCCGUACACAGGCCCCUCUUGGGCUCCUCAAGCCCCUUCCGAUUCCGGAAAGGCCUGGUGAGAGCUUAUCCACGGAUUUCAUGGACACACUCAUCACCAGCAAGAGUGGAAUGCGACACAUCUUUGUCAUUGUGGAUAGGUUCAGUAAGUAUGCUAGAUUAGUUGCAAUGCCGGAAACAGCAAAGACUGAGUACGUCAUUAAGUUGUUCAAAGAAAACUGGGUUGGAGAUUUCGGACUGCCUAAGUCUAUUAGUAGUGACCGGGAUGUCCGAUUCACUAGUGAACUGUGGAAAGCUGCAGCUGCAGAACAGGGCACGUAGUUGCAAAUGACAUCAGGCAAUCACCCAAGCGAAUGGGCAGGCAGAGCAAUUGAACU